AUGGCUUCCCGUCAGACGCCAACUCCUGCUGAAGCCACUGCCGCUGCGGUUGCUGCCGCCCAGACUCAGCUUCCGCCUGCUUCUGACCCCUCUGCCGAGCAUUCCGCUGAUGCCCGUGCUGAUGAGCAAGCCCGCAGAUCAGCGCGCCAUGCCGAACUCGUCCGCGCCUGGCGUGCUAUCUGUGAGCCCGAGCACGAGGAGUCCGCCCUUGCCCUGUCCUCCCUGGAUUUGCCGUGCAUUUGCUUUGCCGCGGAUGUCUGCCACGAUGUCCUUAUGGACCGCCUGUUUGACUUGCCCGCGGACAUAGUGACCCGCUUGCAGCCUUCCGGCCGCCGCAUCACGCGCACUCUGAGGACCGCGCGUUGGGCCGACGCCACCUCCUCUGAAGAUGAUGUCGCGCAGCCGCCACUGGACACAACCCCGCCGCCUGCACCGCCUGCACAUGAUGCCGCAGCCUGGAGUCGUGAGCGCGCCUGGCAUCAUGAUACAGCAACGGGCGUGUUCACUGGCCCCCUGCCUGACCAGUCGCCGCCAGUUUCCACGCCUGCCCCCGCUGCUGCCGCCGAGCUCUUCACAGCCCGCCCGGCCCGCACGCCGGUGGCGCCACGCCCCAUCCGCCAUGACCAGAUGCACUUUGACCCCAACAUCGGCCAUCGUGCGGUGCCCGCAGACACCCCCACGCCUGUGAACCGCACUGACCGCGACCGCCUGCCAGCAAUCUGCCCUACCGCUCCCUCCGACCCGCCGCAAGACCAGCCCCUCCACUUUGAGCCCGGAUUCACCGAAUCCCCCAACCAAGGCCCGUGGAGUACCGCAGAGGGGUGGGAUUUUCAAAUUGCGCUCCCAAAUUCCGCCUGCACCGUCAUCCGCCCGGCUUGGUGGCCGUAUCCGGACAUGUUUUGCGUGCACCCGGAUGAGAUUCCGCGUUGGCUGUACGUCCGCCUGCAGCCGCCCGCGGACGCUGUCAGUCACCUCCGCCUCCGUGGGUACUGUACCCACGUCUGCUCCGCCUUCGACUCCCCGGACCGCGCCCAGACCUGUACCGGCCUGUGCUUCCGCCCGGUGUCUCUGCUCCAGUGGUUUUUCGCCUUUGGUCUGGCCACAGACAUCACCGUGGCCAUGGACGAGCAUGAUUCUGUGUGCCCCGUUGUGCCCGUACCUGAUUCCGAGUGCACGCUUGCGCUUCAGGUUCCUUGCAUAGCUCCUCCGGAGCCCGUUCUUGUUGUGCCCCCGGUCUCGUCCGUUGGUGCUUCCCUGUCCUCCGUGCACCCACCUUCGGACCCCCCCCACGCCGAGCCUUCCCCUCUACUGUCCGUUGGUGCUUCCGCUUCUGACGUGCACCCACCUUCGGACACCCAUGCAGCCUCACUUGACCCCCUUCGGCCUGACCAAUGCACUCUUGCGUGUGCCAACGGCGCAAUGCCUGCUUCUGCACUGCCUCUUCAUACGCCGUUUGAGGCGCCCGUUGCUGCAGAUUCUGACGACCAUCAGGACACUGCCCCUUUGCUGGCUUCCUCUGUGAGUGGCCACUUGCAGCCUGCUUGCACACUGCCUGUUCCAACACCGCAUCCGUUGUCUGAUGACCUGGCGUCCCUGCCUGCGUCGCACAUACCGAGCCCGCCUUCAUCUCCAGUGUCAGUGCUUGCAACACCGAAAUCCGUGCCCAAGCCGCCUCCUUUGUCAUCCGGAUCACCGGGCUCCUUUUCCAUUGUGUCCGGUUCAAUUCACCUGGCACCCCCGCAAGCAGUCACGCUAUCCCGCAAUAUGCCGCGUUGGCUUGAUGGCGCUCUGAAUCCUGCAUACCGGCCGCCGGACCUGCGCUCCGUUGCAACACAGUCCUCAAUCAUGUGUGCGUUCGAGUCUGCUCGUGACAAGCUCGUUGCACGCUGGCUGUCCUGUGUCACCAUUCUGGCCGGGGUGUCUGCACUGUUUGUCGAAGCCUCCGCGUCCUCCGAUCCGGAGUUUUUCAUCUGUCGUGUCGUCAUGACACAUGCGCCUUCCACUCUGCAGCGUUACCUGGACAUGUGGUCCGCCUGGUGCCUGUACUGCGAAAUCCGCAGAUCUUCUACUUACGACCCGCAGCCUGGUGUGUUGCCCGACUGGCUACGUGCUCGCUGCAGCACCCAAGGUCUAGCCACUAUGCCUUUCAAGGCCCUCUCCUGGGUUUCCAAAAAGGCCGGCCUUCCGCUGCUGCGUCGCCAGCUGGAGAGUGCUAUUAUCCGUGCUUUUUUGUCACCGUCAGCCCCAGUCGAACACCGAGAGAGCCUUCCGUUCUCCUUGAGCUUUACGGCUUGGUUGGAGGCCCGCGUUCUGUGCCCAGACACUCCGCCUGCAGAGAUUUUCAUGUUGGGAGUCUUGCUUGCAGCAAUCUGGGCCUCCCUUCGUUGGGGCGACCUCCUUUGGAUUCCGCCGGCCCGCUUGCAUUUUCAGGCCCCCUCUUGUGCACUGGUGGGCAUUUGUAUCCGCACCAAGACGACUAAGUCGGGAAUGCCUUGGGGCAUUUACUCCCCCGGUCUGCUCGGUUCCGCUGCUGCUUCCUGGACAACCCGCUGGCUGUCCGUUGUCAAGCAAGUUCUGGCCGACACCGCUGCCCUGCACCCGCAACGCGUGAUCGAUUUUCUGCCUGCCAUCCUCUCAUCGGACCAUAGUCACCCAACCAUCAUAAAGCCGCUGUAUCGCGACCAGGCAGUGCCGUGGAUCCGCAGCCUGCUCUGCCAUCACUGGAACCUACACAGCACUGAGCCGUUGCCUUCUGCGUUUAACUUGAUUGCCGCUCAUUCCGCCAAGACCACCAUACUGUCCUGGGCCCGCCAGCUGGAUAUGCCGGCCGAGCCCAGGCGCAUUCAAGGGCAUCACCGGUUAUCGGGUUCUGAUAAAUCCGUGGCGCUCUACAGCCGCGACGAUAUCGGCCCGAUGCUCUGUUGUCAACGCACGGUGAUUUCCUGCAUACGUGCCGGGUUUCGUCCAUUACAGCCACUGGCCCGCGGUUGCGUUCAUCCGCUGCCAGACUUUCCAGUUGACCUGCCUUCUUCUUCUGCCUUACCUCGAGUCCGCUGGUCCGCGACAAGGCCUGGCCCGCCCUCUGCACAGCCUGCCGAUGACAUGCUCGAACCCUCGAGUCUACACCAUGAUGCCGGCAUAUCCGAGGUCUCAGUGGAAGCCGACAUACCAUGUGCUCCGCUCUCACAUGACCCUGACCCGCCGGUCUUGCCCGACCUUUUGCCGGACUACGAGAGAGCCCCUACUCCUCCGGUCUCUAGUUGCUCUUCAGAGAAUGAUUGUGGGUCGGUCUGCUCCGAGCCGCCCUCUGACCCUGAGGCGCUGGAAGUGGAAAGCGCUGCAGCGCUGCAACCUCCCUCGCCUUCCGCCUCACCCGCUCUCUUGCUUUACAAUUCGCGCAGCAACGUGACGCAUGCCGCGUCCCCGUGUGACCCCAAUGCCCCACGCGCGCUUUGGUUUCCUGCUCACUUGUGCUGGCUCCGCCCGGCGUGCGGUGCUCAAACAGACAAGCUCGAUCAAGCCAGCGUGGUUGAGUCGCCCCCGCCGGCCUGCACCUUGUGCCUCCGUACGGCAUGCGCCAAACGCUUCGUGCUGCUCAAGUUCGCCCAGCUCUCCGCUAGCCUCCUUGAUGUGCCCGCUCAUUCUCAUGCUGCGCCGGCCUCCAAUCACCACACUUCCCCGCCGCUUGACCAUGCGUACCAGCCUGUGCCUCCGUUUGCACCCUUUCCCGACCCUUCGUGGUCCGAUGCCCAGCUGUCGACUUGGCUCGCACGCUUGGACCACCGAGUGAUUGUCCGCCUGCGUAUCUUGCUCCAAAACCGUGACGCCGGCCAUGCCGAGGUUAUUCUUGGCUACUGCCAGCAACUCUGCCCCAACCUCUGCGGGAAUUUCUGUGGUCGCCCCAUGCUGAAUCGCCCUCGCCCUCACCGAGACCAUUUCUGUGGCGCUUGCCAUGCCGCCCGAUGGGCUGCCGAAGCUUUCAAUCCGCAUUGGGACAUGCCUGGCGUCAUCCGCCACCACCCUCGACGCCGUCAAGGUGGACGCUACCAUGGUGCACCGCUGCUGCCAACGCCGGCGCCCGGCCCGGAUGCUUCUGAGCCGUCCCCUGAGCCACCGGCCUGUGCCAUGGCCCAUCGCCCACGCUUGGACGACCCGGCCGUGUUGGAGGCUCUCUUGACGCAGUACUCGGCGCCCGACGAUCUGGCUGCAAAGCUCAAGUCCGCCGGGUACAACACCCUGUCUGCGCUCGUCUUCGCGGCCCCCGACGUCGCCGACGAGCCCCAGCUGCUACGCAGCCUUCUGUCUCUUCCCGCACCUACGGAGCUAACCACUCCAGCUUGCUCGGCCGUUCGCCGCCUCCUCAUGGAGGCGAGAUUGCUUCUGCCUGGUGUGCCGCCCAGCCUGCCUGCCGCCACCUCCGCGGCUCCUUCUGCCCCUAUGCCGUCGCAGCCGGCCGUGCCUAAACUGUCCACGGCAGAACUUUCUCAGCUCCGCACGGACUUCAUGGCGGCCUACCCCGGAGAGCUCCUUAACUCUGCUACCACGCCGUGCUUGGAAAUGUGUGCCGCCAUAAAGCAUUUACAUGACUCCGCCUGUUCUCCCUGGCUGCCGUGGCGUCAACGUGCAUCGGAAGCCGACCGCGCCGCCUGGUCAGAAUCCCGCCGGCCGCGCUCGGAUGGCCAACUUCUUCGCGCCUUACUGUCAGACGAGUUUGAAGCGCCCGCUCCUACCUCCGCCGCCGGUCUCAACGGCCCGCUGGAGUCUGUGCUUCGCCGCAACCUCUCCCUCUUCGCUACUGCCUUGGCGAUGACAAAGAUCACUCACUUGAUCACCAUCAAGCGCUUCACGGAGAAGUUCAUAUCUACUGCCCUGGCGGUUCCGCCUGACCCGUCGCUCCGACCGCCGACAUUGAAUGAGAUAUUGGCCGCAGACCGCGCCGUGUGGAUAUCCGUGCAUGAAUUGGUUCGAGACCAUAGUUGGUCGCUAGAGGACGCGCUCAACGAGAUCUCCACUUGCCGCCAGGACAUCUCUGCCCUCCUGCAGUCCGAUGCCUCCUCUUCUGUGCCCGGCUUCGAUGCCGCUUGGUUCCAAAAGAUUGGCAAACGUGAGUUGUGCAAGCGAUACGCUCUGGGCAAGUGUUCGAACCCUAACUGCCGCUAUGCUCACCUCUGCCCGCUUCCCUUGCCGUCCGGCAAGCCCUGUGGGCAGAAGCACACCGAGCAAUCUGGCCUGGCCACGCACCCUCAAUUCGUGACUGCUAAUCACGGCCCCACUUGCGCAAAGGCCCCGGCACGCCCCGCACCGCCGGGCGUUUGUGAGCAACCGGUGUCACCGAAUGGGUUCCCUGCCCAGCACAACACCUUCUCUCUGCCAUCACAUGUGCCGGCACGUUCGGUCGCCCCGAGCGUCUGUGAGCAACCGGCUUCUGCCCCAAGCCUUGCACCCGCUCUGCCUGCCCACUCACCUUUGCCGGCACGCCCGGUCAUCCCGAGCGUCUGUGAGCAACCGGCUUCCGGCCUUUUCAGCCCUUCGCCCUCUGCAAGCUUGCCCCAUGACUGCUCCUCGGGUCACCACGGCCCUAUUCCAGCCGUUCGCAUGUUUUUGGACCUAUUUUCAGGUUCCUCGGCCCCUGUUUGCAAUGCCAUCCGCACAUUGCUUCUUGCACGUUUUGAGCCGGUGGAUCUUCUCGCGGGGUCCGCUUUAGAUGUUUCUGACGAUGCCACGUAUUCCACACUCUGUCGGCUUUGUGCUUCCGGGCUUGUGGGUGCCUGUUGUGCCGCACCUCCAUGCUCAGCUUAUUCACGCGCACGCCUCAUGAAGUCCGGCCCUCCUCCGGUGCGCACACCAUCAUUCCCAUUGGGCCUGCCUAACUUGUCUGCGCAGCAGCAACGCGAGCUUCACAUGUCCGCACUCUUGCACCAACGCACACGUCAUUUGCUGUCCCUUGUGGCCGCGCGCGGGGGCUUGAUAUUUCUGGAAAAUCCGGCCUCUAGCCUGCUCUGGCUCGACCCCGAGGUCAUGGCCUGGGUUCGUGCAUUUGCUCCCUUUGGUGCUUCCGUUGCCUGCUGUGCACAUGGUCUGGACUAUAAGAAAGCCUGGCUUUUUUGGUGUAACCGGCCUUCGGUUGCAGCUCUUGCGGUUGCAUGCCCGCACUUGCCCGGCUACCACCGUCCUCUGUCUGCACAACGGUCCGCGGAUGGCAUGUUCUUGACUCGAGCGACGGCGUGCUACCCGCCCUCCCUGGCUAGUGCCAUUGCAUCCCUCUGCGUCCCGUUUGUGUCCAUAGAAGACCGUGAAUACACGAUCUCCACAUGGGUCGCCCUUCUGCCGCCGCGCCUGCCCUGGCCGCCAUAUCCGUUUCCGGUGGAGGAUGGGGCUGGCAUGGGCAGCGCCGCAUGCCACACUCAUCCCCAGAGUGAAGACCACUUUAAGGCCUUACGGCACGCUUGGUCUGCCCGCCUUUUAAGUUCCGGUUUGGUUCCUAAAAUAGUAACCGCACUCUCUUCCGGGUCUAAGUCCGCCCCCAUUUCUGAAGCUGAGCUAGCCCCGUUCUUCCAUGAUCUGCGUGAAUUUUUGCAAGUCCGCCAAGCUGACACCUGGACCGCCUUGCUUUCCAUAGACGAAGGCCAGCCCUUUCGGUUGUCUCUGUGGCAUACCCUUUGUCUUAUAUUUAAGGAUGCUGACGCUGGUUUGUUCCCUCACUUACACGCUGGCGUGCCGCUUGGUUCCUCUGACGCCAUUCCCCCAUGCCCGCUCUUGCAAGCCUCACAUGCCUCCCCCCCAGCUGACGCCGAGUUGUGCCACUGCGAAUCCGCCUGGAAGUCAGCGCUUGACAAUGCUGAAAUUGUCGACAAACUGCUACAGGAAGAGCUGGACGCUGGCUGGAUUUGCGAGGUUACGGGGGGGGAUGACGAGCUGAAGCGGCAAAACAAGCACUCCGCCGUCGGCAAACUGGGGGUAGUUCUCUCUGAGGGCCGCCCGCCACGACUUGUCGUUGAUAGCUCCAUAUCAGGAGUUACUAACGCCACGCACUUGCCCAAUCGGUCCGCAAACCCCACAUUGUUAGAUGUCCGCCGCUGCCUUCCGAUCUCUGAUGCCCGUGAGCGCCUCGUGGCUCUGGUCCUGGAUGUUAGCAAGGCACACCGCCGCAUCAAGAUUUUGCCCGCAGAUCAAGGCCUUCUCUGCUUCCGCCAUCGUGGCCGCCUAUACCAGUGCAAAACUUUGAACUUCGGCGCACGCGCCUCCGGUUUUUACUGGGCCCGCGUCGCAGGUUUGCUGGUCCGCCUUGUUCACCGGUUUUGGUGGGUCAGUCAUUCUGCCAUGAUUUACGUGGACGAUCUGCUUUCCAUUCUCGAAAAAUCCUCUGCCCCGCUGCUUGCUGCGCUGCUGGUCGUUUUGCUCCAAGUUCUAAAUGUGCCGAUGAGUUGGCACAAAGCCAAACUGUCUGCCUCCGUUGUCUGGAUAGGCUGGCAGAUGGAUUUUCGCACUUUCACAGUCAGGUUGGAGCCUGCCAAACUUCAGCGGUUGUUGUCUCUGCUCCGCCAAUGCUACCGCUCUGCGAAGCUGCCCGCCACUACCUUGGAAAAGCUUACCGGCAAGCUGCUUUGGCUUUCUAACCUUUUCCGGGCGUUUCGACCGUCUUUGGCUCCCCUGUACCAGGACCAAUACUGCCCUCCACUUGUACAUGUGCCCCUUUCUACGCAGGCUUGGCAGCGCCUGCAAGCUGCUCUUUCCAAUGACCUCCGGGUCAUUGCGCCGUCGGGUCUUGCCUCUGCCCCCCUGGGCAGCCGCUUAUUUCGGGUGGCUCAAACCGCCGUGCAAUCCAAAGAGGAGUUGCCACAGUUUCCUCCCUCCGCACGCCGGUUAUGGGUCCAAAUCUCCGAUCUUGCGCACCCCGAUCGUGUCAUUUCUGACGCUUCACGUGCAGUUAUGGAUAUGUGGCUCCAGCUCUGCCGUUCCGGUACGGACUUCAGAUCUCUCAUGCUGUCUCCGCACUUUAAUUGUGAGGCAUUUGCUGACGCGUGUGCGAGCGAUUCCUCUGCAGGGUUGGGAGGGUUUGUCCGCCUGCCAUCAGGCCAAACUCUCUUCUUCCAGGCUAAGUUCUCACAGGCGGAACUUCACGCCCUAUUUUCGUGGUUCCCUCCUGAUCACUCACCUCAACACUACAUUGCAGCCUGGGAACUUCUUGCUCAGUGCGCCUUGCUGCAUCUUUUGGCCUGCUUGUUGCCUGCUGGACAUCCGCCUCUGCAUGUCACAUUUCGCUGUGACAAUUCCGCUACGGAUGCCGCAUCCUGGAAGGGUCUCUCCCUUGCGACAGGCAUGUGCGCUCUACUGCGUUCAUUCUUCCUUCUGCAGGAGCGGCAGUACAUAUCCGUCCACAUAGACCAUGUCCCGGGGUUUCGAAAUGACCUCGCUGAUGGUUUGAGUCGCGGCUAUGAUCCUCAGCUUUUGGGUUUCCCUCCUUCGGCACGCUGCCAAAUUCCCUGGUCUGCCCUGCCUUCAUCCUUUGCCUGCCACACAUACCCUUUGGAGCUAGAUCUUUCCAGCUGGUUGGCGUCUGCUUGA